UUGCUGCGCUCUCUUGUUCUUCUCCUUUGUNAUCUUAUUCCAGGGACUUUAUUUAUUGUUGUUGGUUUUUGGCACUUAUGGUCCUCUGUAGUAAGAUAUGUUUCGGACCCAAAUUCUUUUCGGAUCCGGGUUUGGAACCCGGUUCCUGGUUUUGGCGGUAAGUUCAAGUAUUUGGAGUUAUAUGUGAUUGCAGUUGGAGCUUUUAUUGAUUUGUGCAUCGAGUUUCUUUACUCGACUCAUCUCAAGAUUGUUGUUCAUGGUGGACUAAACCCGUCUCACAUGAACGAUUUCGAGCACUCGGGCAUGCUUCUCAUGUUCUUCAUCUUUGGCGCGAUUGCACUUCUUUCCGAGAAAACGAGCUUUAUUCCCUUGUCAGAAGAAGCUCUAUGCUUCGUAGCAACUGCUGCAUUCACGGCUGAGUAUCUGUUAUUCAAUUUCCACUCGACUGCACACACUGGACUCGAGAGAUAUUACCAUUCGAUUCUAUUGCUUCUUAUAUCCCUCUGCAUAAUAUCCACUUUAGCCGCAGCUUUCUUGCCGAAAAGUUUUCCAGUCGAUUUAUGCAGUGGCAUUGCCAUAACUUUACAAGGCCUUUGGCUUUAUCAAACGGCGUUCACUCUGUACGGACCCAUGAUUCCGAACGGUUGUCUAUUUAAAGACAACUCCAUUAAUUGUCGUUCGAUAGGACACGAAGUUCGCGGGGGAAUGCUCGCGAAUUUUCAAUUGUUUGUCGAGGUUUUUUGUGUUCUUGGAGGCGUUUGUGGCGUUUAUUCGUAUGCCGAGCUUAAGGCGAGUUGUUCGAAUGGUAGCUGA